AUGCCACACGUGAUACUUAAUGACGUUAACAAACUGUCGCUUCUGCGAACGUUGGACAGUGGACGAUAUCUGAACAUGGGCUUUCGUUCGUGGGAUCUGUACGAAUUUCCGCUGUUGCAAAGUACGACCAAGCAUUCCUGGGCGGUAAAAGCGGCGACGCAAUUGGAGAAACCGCGAUACGUGAUAUUCGCGCUACAGACCGGAAGGAAAAACGUACCGUCGGAAGACGUUUCUAAAUUCGACGAUUGCAAGCUGACUAAUAUAAAACUCUAUUUGAAUUACGAAUUCUAUCCCUACGACGAUAUAAAUCUAGAUUUCGAGCGUAACAAACGAAAUUACGGGUGCGAGACCUGCGAACCGUUCAUGACUGUCACUAGAUUUCUGCAAUACGGUCCGCUAGUGGUCAUCGAUUACUCCCGCCAGAACGAAUCGAUCAAGAGCGCCACCGUCGACGUUCGCGUAGAAUUCGAAUGCAAAGAGAACGUUCCGGCUAACACAACGGCUUAUUGUCUCAUCAUUCACGAUAGAGUUGUAGAACGGAAAAAUCUAAAGCGCUGGAUAACCUCCAAUCAUCACGGCCUGCAGUGGAGCGACGGCGACGUCGCGUACAGACUCUCGAAGCACGUGAUUCGAAACGGCGUGUGCGAUCAAUCGCGAGACGCGCCUAAACGAGUGUACGUCAAAGGCUUGGAGAAAAAGAAGUAG